CAAUUCUCACAAAUGUCCAAACUAGCCGUCAUAAUCGGCGUCACCGGAAACCAAGGCGGUUCCGUCGCCCAACGCUUCCUCCAAGAUCUUCAAUAUCGAGUCCGCGGCGUCACUCGCAACCCCGCCUCAGCCAUUGCCCAGGAAUUGUCUGCAAGUGGCAUCGAAAUUGUGCAAGCCGACCUCGAGGACAUCGACAGUCUUGUUUCUGCUUUCUGCGGCGCCAAUGUCAUUUUCAGCGUGACAAACUACUGGGAACCAUUCUUCCGGCCGGAUCAUCGACAAGCGGCGAUUGAUGCCGGCGUUUCCAUUCGCCAGCAUGCGUAUGGGGUUGAGUAUCGCCAGGGGAAAAACAUUGCCGACGCAGCUGCAACCGCUGUCGACUCACUGGACGACAAUGGGUUUCUCGUGUCGACGCUAAGCCAUGCGAAGAAAAGCAGUAAAGGGGUGUUUGAUGAACUGUACCACUUUGAUGCCAAGGCAGACAUCUUCCCAUAUUAUCUAGAGGAGAAAUGGCCGCAGCUCGCGGCCAAGACGUCGUAUAUCCAGACGGGAUUUUUCACUAGUAGUUACAAACUGGUUCCUACGGCGUACUUUCAAAAGCAACCGGAUGGAAGUCGCCAUAUGCUUUUUCCAACUCAUCCAGACAGCCCCAUCCCCCAUCUAGACGUCAACCGUGACACGGGAAACUUUGUCUACGCUGUCUCCAAGAUGCCACCGGGUAAACAGUACCUAGCCGAAAGUACCACCUGCAGCUGGUCCGAAUACCUUCGGUUGUUUACUUCCAUCACUGGAAUCCCGGCUCAAUACAAACAGACCCCGCUAGCCAGUCUGAUGGAGAUUGUUCCAGACCAGGAAUUCGGCCGUGAGGUGGGGGAUAUGUUUUUAUACUCGACGGAUCCGGGGUAUGAUGGUGGUGAUAAAACGCUUCUCAAAGCUGCUGAUAUUCGAAAGGCUGGAAUCGACUGUCCAAUGACGAGCCUCGAGGAAUGGAUGAAAUUGGAGGAUUGGUCUGCCCUUCAAUAA